AUGGGGGGCCCCAAGCGGAGGAGCACGGUCCGGCCCGGCCCUGUCCUCCGCUCCACCCGGGCCCAAUGGCAAAGCAAAGGAAGCUCCUUGAAGGAGGCGCCGGCCUCCCAGGGCCCACCUGCCCCUGGCCGCUCACAUCCCCGGGGGCGGGAGCGGGGCCGCAGGCAGGCCGCGUGGCCCGCUGGCCCCAGGGCCCUCCUGCUCUGGGCACACCCGUGUGGCGGGUGGUUCGAGCACGUCAGCAUGCUGGUGAUCAUGCUCAACUGUGUGACCCUCGGCAUGUUCCGGCCCUGUGAGGACGUGGAAUGCCGCUCGGAGCGCUGUCACAUCCUGGAGGCCUUCGAUGACUUCAUCUUCGCCUUCUUCGCGGUGGAAAUGGUCAUCAAGAUGGUGGCCCUGGGGCUGUUUGGGCAGAAGUGCUACCUGGGUGACGCUUGGAACAGGCUGGACUUCUUCAUCGUCAUGGCAGGCAUGAUGGAGUACUCACUGGACGGACACAAUGUGAGCCUCUCGGCCAUCCGCACGGUGCGCGUGCUGCGGCCCCUGCGUGCCAUCAACCGCGUGCCCAGCAUGCGGAUCCUGGUCACCCUGCUGCUGGACACACUGCCCAUGCUGGGCAACGUCCUGCUGCUCUGCUUCUUCGUCUUCUUCAUCUUCGGCAUCGUGGGCGUGCAGCUCUGGGCCGGCCUCCUGCGCAACCGCUGCUUCCUGGACAGCGCCUUUGUCAGGAACAACAACCUGACGUUCCUGCGGCCGUAUUACCAGACGGAGGAGGGGGAGGAGAACCCGUUCAUCUGCUCCUCGCACCGGGACAACGGUAUGCAGAAGUGCUCACACAUCCCCGGGCGCCGCGAGCUGCGCGUGCCGUGCACGCUGGGCUGGGAGGCGUACGGGCAGCCGCAGGCCGAGGCCGGGGGCGCCGCCCGCAACGCCUGCAUCAACUGGAACCAGUACUACAACGUGUGCCGCUCGGGGGACUUCAACCCCCACAACGGCGCCAUCAACUUCGACAACAUCGGCUACGCCUGGAUCGCCAUCUUCCAGGUGAUCACGCUGGAGGGCUGGGUGGACAUCAUGUACUACGUCAUGGACGCCCACUCCUUCUACAACUUCAUCUACUUCAUCCUGCUCAUCAUCGUGGGCUCCUUCUUCAUGAUCAACCUGUGCCUGGUGGUGAUCGCCACGCAGUUCUCGGAGACGAAGCAGCGGGAGAACCAGCUGAUGCGGGAGCAGCGCGCCCGCUACCUGUCCAACGACAGCACGCUGGCCAGCUUCUCGGAGCCGGGCAGCUGCUACGAGGAGCUGCUCAAGUACGUGGGCCACGUCUUCCGGCCGCCCGACUCUGAGUCCGUGCACAGCAUCUACCACGCCGACUGCCACGUGGAGGGGCCCCAGGAGAGGGCACGGGCGGCGCAAGCCGCAGCCACGGCGGCCGCCAGCCUCAGGCUGGCCUCGGGCCUGGGCGCCAUGAACUACCCCACCAUCCUGCCGUCAGGGACCAUCGGCGGUGGCGGCAAAGACAGCAUGGGCGCCGGCCCCAGGGGGAAGCAGGCUGCGGGACGCAGCCCCCUGAGCCCCUACGAGAAGAUCCAGCACGUGGUUGGGGAACACGGCCUGGGCCAGGCCCCCAGCCACCUGUCUGGCCUGAGCGUGCCCUGCCCCCUGCCCAGCCCCCAGGCGGGCACGCUGACCUGCCAGCUGAAGAGCUGCCCCUACUGUGCCCGCGCCCUGGAGGACCCGGAGCUGGAGCUGAGCGGCUCAGAGAGCGGGGACUCCGACACCCACGGCGUCUACGAGUUCACGCGGGACCUGAGGCACGGCGACCACCGGGACCCCCUGCGGCCCCCGGCGGACACAGCCGCCCCGGGCAGCCCCCCACGGCUGCCACAGCAGCAGGGGAGCUCGGGCCGGCCCGGGAGCCUGGGCCGUGCAUGGGCCUCCUUCAGCAGCAAGCUGGGCCGCAUCGUGGACAGCAAGUACUUCAACCGCGGCAUCAUGGUGGCCAUCCUCAUUAACACGCUGAGCAUGGGCGUCGAGUACCACGAGCAGCCUGAUGAGCUCACCAAUGCCCUGGAGAUCAGCAACAUCGUCUUCACCAGCAUGUUUGCCCUGGAGAUGCUGCUGAAGCUGCUGGCGUGCGGCCCGCUGGGUUACAUCCGGAACCCCUACAACAUCUUCGACGGCAUCAUCGUGGUCAUCAGCGUGUGGGAGAUCGUGGGGCAGGCGGACGGCGGGCUGUCGGUGCUGCGCACUUUCCGGCUCCUGCGGGUGCUGAAGCUGGUGCGCUUCCUGCCCGCGCUGCGGCGCCAGCUCGUGGUGCUCAUGAAGACCAUGGACAACGUGGCCACCUUCUGCAUGCUGCUCAUGCUCUUCAUCUUCAUCUUCAGCAUCCUGGGCAUGCACCUCUUUGGCUGCAAAUUCAGCCUGAAGACAGACUCGGGAGACACCGUCCCCGACAGGAAGAACUUUGACUCUUUGCUGUGGGCCAUCGUCACUGUGUUCCAGAUCCUGACGCAGGAGGACUGGAAUGUGGUGCUCUACAACGGCAUGGCCUCCACCUCAUCCUGGGCCGCCCUCUACUUCGUGGCGCUCAUGACCUUCGGCAACUACGUGCUCUUCAACCUGCUGGUGGCCAUCCUGGUGGAGGGGUUCCAGGCAGAGGGGGACGCCACCAGAUCCGACACCGAUGAGGACAAGACAUCCACUCACUUUGAGGAAGACUUGGACAAGUUCAGAGACCUGCAGGCCACAGAGAUGAAGACAUACUCGCUGUCAGUGACCCCCAAUGGGCACCUGGAAGGCCGGGGCAGCCUGCCCCCACCCCUCAUCAUGCACACGGCCGCCACGCCCAUGCCCACCCCUAAGGGCUCCCCACACCUGGACGCGGCCCACGGCCUCGUGGACUCACGGCGUGGCAGCAGCAGCUCUGUGGACCCUCAACUCGGGGACCAGAAGUCUCUGGCCAGCCACCGCAGCUCCCCCUGUGCCCCCUGGGGCCCCGGCAGCGCCUGGAGCAGCCGGCGCUCGAGCUGGAACAGCCUGGGCCGCGCGCCCAGCCUCAAGCGCCGCAGCCAGAGCGGGGAGCGCGAGUCCCUGCUGUCGGGAGAGGGCAAAGGCAGCACCGACGACGAGCCCCGGCCAGCCGCCCUCCUGCCCGCCAGAUUCCAGGACUGCAACGGGCAGACAGUGGCCCUUCCCAGCGAGUUCUUCCUGCGCAUCGACAGCCACAAGGAGGACGCCACGGAGUUCGAUGACGACGUGGAAGACAGCUGCUGCUUCCGCCUGCACAAGGUGCUGGAGCCCUACACCCCCCCGUGGUGCCGUAGCCACGAGACCUGGGCCCUGUACCUCUUCUCCCCGCAGAACAGGCUGCGCGUCUCCUGCCAGAAGGUCAUUGCACACAAGAUGUUUGACCAUGUGGUCCUCGUCUUCAUCUUCCUCAACUGCAUCACCAUCGCCCUGGAGAGGCCGGACAUCGACCCCGGCAGCACCGAACGGGCCUUCCUCAGCGUCUCCAACUACAUCUUCACAGCCAUCUUUGUGACAGAAAUGAUGGUGAAGGUGGUGGCCCAGGGCCUGCUGUGGGGCGAGCAUGCCUACCUGCAGAGCAGCUGGAACGUGCUGGACGGGCUGCUGGUUCUGGUGUCCCUGGUAGACAUCGUCGUGGCCAUGGCCUCGGCCGGUGGCGCGAAGAUCCUGGGCAUCCUGCGUGUGCUGCGUCUGCUUCGGACCCUGCGGCCUCUGAGGGUCAUCAGCCGGGCCCCGGGCCUCAAGCUGGUGGUGGAAACGCUGAUCUCGUCGCUCAGGCCCAUCGGCAACAUCGUGCUCAUCUGCUGUGCCUUCUUCAUCAUCUUUGGCAUUCUGGGUGUGCAGCUCUUCAAGGGCAAGUUCUACUACUGCGAGGGGGCGGACACCAGAAACAUCUCCACCAAGGCCGAGUGCCGGGCUGCCCACUACCGCUGGGUGCGGCGCAAGUACAACUUCGACAACCUGGGCCAGGCGCUCAUGUCCCUGUUUGUGCUGUCCUCCAAGGACGGCUGGGUGAACAUCAUGUAUGACGGGCUGGACGCCGUCGGCGUCGACCAGCAGCCCGUACAGAACCACAACCCCUGGAUGCUGCUCUACUUCAUCUCCUUCCUGCUCAUCGUCAGCUUCUUCGUGCUCAACAUGUUCGUGGGGGUGGUGGUGGAGAACUUCCACAAGUGCCGGCAGCACCAGGAGGCGGAGGAGGCGCGCCGGAGGGAGGAGAAGCGGCUGCGGCGCCUGGCGCGGCGGCGCAGGAGCACUUUCCCCAACCCAGAGGCCCAGCGCCGGCCCUACUACGCAGACUACUCCCACACACGCCGCUCCAUCCACUCGCUGUGCACCAGCCACUACCUGGACCUCUUCAUCACCUUCAUCAUCGGCCUCAACGUCAUCUCCAUGUCCAUGGAGCACUACAACCAGCCCAAGUCCCUGGACGAGGCGCUCAAGUACUGCAACUACGUGUUCACCAUCGUCUUCGUCUUCGAGGCCGCGCUGAAGCUGGUGGCCUUCGGCUUCCGGCGGUUCUUCAAGGACAGGUGGAACCAGCUGGACCUGGCCAUCGUCCUGCUGUCCAUCAUGGGCAUCGUGCUGGAGGAGAUCGAGAUGAACGCCGCGCUGCCCAUCAACCCCACCAUCAUCCGCAUCAUGCGCGUGCUGCGCAUCGCCCGUGUCCUGAAGCUGCUUAAGAUGGCCACGGGCAUGCGGGCCCUGCUGGACACGGUGGUUCAAGCCCUUCCCCAGGUAGGGAACCUUGGCCUUCUUUUUAUGCUCCUGUUUUUUAUCUAUGCUGCGCUGGGAGUGGAGCUGUUCGGGAGGCUGGAGUGCAGCGAGGACAACCCCUGCGAGGGCCUGAGCAGACACGCCACCUUCACCAACUUCGGCAUGGCCUUCCUCACGCUGUUCCGCGUGUCCACGGGGGACAACUGGAACGGGAUCAUGAAGGACACUCUGCGGGAGUGCUCCCGGGAAGACAGGCACUGCCUCAGCUACCUGCCGGCGCUGUCGCCCGUCUACUUUGUCACCUUCGUGCUGGUGGCCCAGUUCGUGCUGGUCAACGUGGUGGUGGCCGUGCUCAUGAAGCACCUGGAGGAGAACAACAAGGAGGCCCGGGAGGCGGCGGAGGCCGACGCCGAGGCCGAGGCCGAGCUGGAGCUGGCCACGGCGCAGGGGCCCCUGCCCACACCCCCACCGCCAGCGCAGGUCAGGCCGGGAGCGGCUGGAGGGCGCGCCUUGGGUCCGGCCGUGCGCAAGGUGUCGGUGUCCCGAAUGCUCUCGCUGCCCAACGACAGCUACAUGUUCCGGCCCGUGGCACCCGCCACGGCCCCCCACGCGCACCCGCUGCCGGAGGUGGAGGUGGAGGCCGAUGCAGGCCGCAGGCCCUCAGGCCUGGCCGCUACCACACACUCGCCGGCCCUGGAGCCCCACGCCUCCCUUCCGGUCCCAGCCACCCCGUCCUCCCCAGCCAGGAGCGGUGACCCCCUGUACGCCUGCUCCCCCCGGGACGCGGCCCGGUCCCCCAGCCUCGGCCGCGUGCUCUGCAGACAGGAGGCUCUGCACCCUGAGCCCCGGGAGGUGCAAGCUGACGGCUCUGGGGACAGCGUCCCGGGCCCCGCAGAGCCCGAGGAGAAGACCCCAAGGAGGCAGGCCCGCCCGCCGCGGUCCCCACCCGGCUCCCCGCAGCCCGCCUGCGUGCACACCCGCAAGCACGUCUUGGGGCAGCGCUGCAUCUGCGGCCGGCCGCCGGCCCCGGGUGAGGAGGAGGCCGAGGCCGCUGACCCAGCCGACGAGGAAGUCAGCCACAUCACCAGCUCCGCGCAGCCCUGGCCCUCCGCCGGGCCCCACAGCCCCGGGGCCUCGCCCCGGGCCUCCCCGGCAUCCUGCGGGGCGGUGGGCGGCGGGCAGGAUCUGCGCCGGUUCCGAAGCGUGGACGGCCAGGGCUUCCUGGAUGCGCCAGGCCGGGCAGACACACAGAGGUGGCCGUCCAUGGAGCUGGGCGUUGGGGACAGCCACCCGGACCCCGGAGAGGCCAGGGGCCGGGCUCCCGAGCUGGAGCCCGCGCAGGGGCCACGCAGGAAGAAGAAGAUGAGCCCUCCCUGCAUCUCCGUGGACCCCCCCACGGAGGACGAGGGCCCUGCCCGGCCCCCGGCUCCAGAGGGUGGCAGCACCACCCUGCGACGCCGAACCCCGUCCUGUGAGGCCCACAGGGACUGCGUGGAGCCGGCCGAGGGCCCCGGCACCGGGGGCGACCCCGCGGCCAAGGGGGAGACCCCAGCUGCCCCCUGCGGGCCCAUGCACGGGAGCUGUCUCCCCGGUUCCCAUCGACCCCAAGGUCAGAGGUUGCAGUCAGACGCGGCCACCUCGCGGGAUUCUGUACAGCCCGGAAGUGACCCGACAGUGUUCCAGAAAGUUCUAGCAGAUCAGUGA